GCGGUUACGAACACUGCGGUAAAUACAUUUUGCAAUUAAUAAACAUUCUUGUUGAGGUUCCUUUACCCCCGUUAUUCAUUGAAAAUUGUUGAGUUUUUAAAGCUUCCCCAUCAGUCUUCUUCCCCUUGGGGGCUUUCCUGUCUCAGUCUGGUGGACCCAGCGGUUAUAGUGUUGCGGAGGUGAAGCCCUGACGAUGGAGAAUGGACAAGGCACAGGCUCCAAGCUUGGCCUGCCGCCUCUUACUCCAGAACAACAGGAGGCACUUCAGAGGGCGAAGAAGUAUGCCAUGGAGCAAAGCAUUAAGAGUGUGUUGGUGAAGCAGACCAUUGCACAUCAGCAGCAGCAGCUUACUAACCUUCAGAUGGCAGCAGUGACAAUGGGCUUUGGAGAUCCUCUCUCACCUUUACAAUCGGUGGCAGCUCAGCGGCAACGGGCGCUGGCGAUUAUGUGUCGGGUGUAUGUGGGUUCCAUAUACUAUGAGCUCGGAGAGGACACCAUCAGACAGGCCUUUGCACCCUUCGGCCCGAUCAAGAGCAUUGACAUGUCUUGGGAUUCAGUUACAAUGAAACACAAGGGCUUUGCCUUUGUGGAGUAUGACGUGCCAGAAGCUGCUCAGCUGGCUCUGGAACAGAUGAACUCGGUCAUGUUAGGCGGACGAAACAUUAAGGUUGGGCGGCCAAGUAACAUCGGUCAGGCGCAACCCAUCAUCGACCAGCUGGCAGAGGAGGCACGUGCCUACAACCGGAUCUACGUAGCGUCCGUCCACCCGGACCUGUCGGACGACGACAUCAAGAGUGUGUUUGAGGCCUUCGGACGGAUUAAAUCGUGCACGUUAGCUAGAGACCCCACAUCAGGGCGACACAGGGGCUUUGGCUUCAUUGAGUAUGAAAAGCCUCAGUCGGCUCUGGAUGCGGUGUCCUCUAUGAAUCUUUUUGACCUGGGUGGUCAGUACUUGCGAGUCGGCAAAGCAGUGACUCCACCGAUGCCCCUAUUGACCCCCACGACUCCGGGUGGGCUGCCACCUGCUGCGGCUGUAGCUGCAGCAGCAGCUACGGCUAAGAUAACGGCCCAGGCAAGUAUAAAUCCCUUCCAAAGGGAUUUAAUGGCCUUCAAGGAGGCGGUAGCUGGUGCAUCAGUUUUGGGGGCUUUGACAGCACCACAGCUUCUUGGACCACAGAUAGGAUUACCUCAGGCUGUUAUGGCUGCACAGGCUCCAGGUGUUAUCACAGGUGUGACUCCAGUUCGUCCUCCCAUACCGGUGAUUCCCCAAGUUGGUCUAGUGAACCCGGUACUCGCAUCACCUCCUGUGCUGUCUAACCAAGCUGGUGGCUCAAACCAACAAGAGAAGAAGGAGGAGAAAGAGGAGACGCUUCAGGAUGGUACAGGCCAGGAGAUGUUAAGUGACCAGGAGCACAUGAGCAUCUCGGGGAGCAGUGCCAGGCACAUGGUGAUGCAGAAGUUGCUCCGAAAAUCAGAGUCCACGGUGAUGGUGCUUCGGAACAUGGUAGGACCAGAGGACAUCGACGACGACCUGGAGGGCGAGGUGACGGAGGAGUGCGGGAAGUUUGGCGCGGUCAACAGAGUCAUCAUUUACCAGGAGAAGCAAGGGGAGGAGGAAGAUGCAGAAAUCAUAGUCAAAAUCUUUGUAGAGUUUUCGGCGGCCUCUGAGAUGAACAAAGCUAUCCAGGCCCUGAAUGACCGCUGGUUCGGAGGUCGCAAAAUCGUCGCAGAAGUGUAUGACCAAGAUCGUUUUAACAGCAGUGACCUUUCUGCGUAACGUGUUAGAAAUGGCUUACCAGCACCCGUAUCAUUCACCUGUCACCAAAAGUCAUUUCAGCCAUCCUUCUCUGCAGCUAGAAGAUGCGGGGUUCUGAAACCUGUAAUUAUAUUUUUAUUGUCAUCUUUUUUUCAAAUUGCUGUUAAUAAUAUUAAAGUUCCAUUGGGGGGGGAUUUAAAUAAAAUCUUUGUCAUUUUUUAAUUUUUCUUUCCUGCUUUAUCUGUAAAAACUCCCGUUUGGUGCAAGUUUCAAAUUUUUGUAAUCUGAUCUUGUACUAUGUUUAGUUGUUUUUUUUUUUUCUUUUUUUUCCUCCUGCUUAGCUCCUUUGUUAUGUUUUUAAAUUGCCGGGACAUGUAAAACACUUUUUUCUUUCUAUGAUUAAAGGUUAUCGUUUGUC